AUGUCAGGAAUAAUUCAGUUCAAGGAAGAAAUUUCUAAGCGUUUCAAGUCCCACACUGAUCAGCUUGUGUUGAUAUUUGCUGGAAAAAUUUUAAAAGAUCAAGAUACUUUGACUCAGCAUGGGAUUCAUGAUGGACUCACUGUUCACCUGGUUAUCAAAACACAAAACAGAUCACAAGACCACCCAGCUCAACAAGCAAACACCACUGGGAGUACUGCUACCACAUCAACAUCAAGCAGUAGUACCUCAACACCAGCUUCAACAAAUAGUAACCCUUUUGGCUUGGGUGGCCUUGGAGGUUUGGCAGGCCUGAGUAGCCUGGGCUUAAAUGCAUCAAACUUUUCAGAGUUACAAAGUCAGAUGCAACGACAACUUAUGUCCAACCCAGAAAUGAUGGUUCAGAUAAUGGAAAAUCCAUUUGUUCAGAGCAUGCUUUCAAAUCCUGACCUGAUGAGGCAGUUAAUUAUGGCUAACCCUCAAAUGCAGCAGCUGAUACAGAGAAAUCCAGAAAUCAGUCACAUGCUGAAUAAUCCAGAUAUAAUGAGACAGACACUAGAACUUGCUAGAAACCCUGCAAUGAUGCAGGAAAUGAUGCGAAACCAAGACCGAGCCUUGAGCAACCUUGAAAGUAUACCAGGUGGAUACAAUGCAUUGCGACGUAUGUACACAGAUAUUCAGGAGCCAAUGUUGAAUGCAGCACAGGAACAGUUUGGAGGUAACCCAUUUGCUUCUUUAGUAAGCAAUGCAUCAACAGGAGGGGACAGUCAGCCAUCUCGCACAGAAAAUAGAGAUCCUCUACCAAAUCCCUGGGCUCCUCAGUCCAGCUCACAGACUUCCACAACGGGUACCAGCACCAGCGGUGAGAGCGGUGGCAACAGUAGUGCUGGAAAUAGCACCUCUGGCAGUACGGGUCAGAGCUCAACUGCACCAAAUGUAGGACCUGGAGUAGGAGCUGGUAUGUUCAACACACCAGGAAUGCAGAGCUUAUUACAGCAGAUAACAGAAAACCCUCAACUUAUGCAGAAUAUGUUGUCUGCACCCUAUAUGAGAAGCAUGAUGCAGUCAUUAAGCCAGAAUCCUGAUCUUGCAGUACAGAUGAUGUUGAAUAACCCUUUAUUUGCUGGAAAUCCUCAACUUCAGGAACAAAUGAGACAACAACUUCCUACUUUUCUUCAGCAAAUGCAGAAUCCUGACACGUUAUCAGCUAUGUCAAACCCUAGAGCAAUGCAGGCUUUGCUACAGAUUCAGCAGGGCUUGCAAACACUAGCAACAGAAGCACCGGGUCUUAUACCAGGAUUUAAUCCUGGUUUAGGUGGAUUGGGAAACACUGGAGCUCCUACAGGAUCCACUGUACCUAGUUCUGUUCCUAGUGAAAAUACAAGUCCAGCAUCAGGAAUUGCUGAACCUGGUCACCAGCAGUUUGUCCAGCAGAUGUUGCAGGCACUGGCUGGUGCAAAUGCUCAGCAGUUACAAAAUCCAGAAGUUCGAUUUCAGCAACAACUGGAGCAGCUGAGUGCAAUGGGCUUUCUGAACCGUGAAGCAAACUUACAAGCGCUAAUAGCAACAGGAGGAGACAUCAAUGCAGCUAUUGAAAGGCUGCUUGGCUCUCAGCCUUCAUAGCAGUGUUUCUUUAACUUGAAAAAAUGUAAUUUAUUUUUGAUAACAGCUCUUAAAUCUUUAAAAUAUUUGCUUUAUUUCAUUCUGACUCUUGGGAUUUGUCUUGUUAUAACUAAAAUCGGUCUGAUGCAUUUUAAGGUGGAGUGCAGUAGCUUUCUUCAAACAGUGGGAAUCAAUGCAUUUUCACUCUGUUGCAUGCAUCACACUUCUUUUGUUCUGCAUUAUUUGUGAUUUUUUUGAAACAAUAUCAGCUUUCACAGUUCAGUGGACAGGUUUUGUCUGACCUACAACUGUCCAAUUUAUUUACUACUUAAAUUACUACUGAAGGCUAAUGUUUAUGUAGAAUACAAAUUAAAAAGGAAACAAAUUAAUUGAAGCUACAAUUUGUGGGUACCAAUAAUGCUUAUUGUG